CAAAUAUCUGCAAUCGAGCAAAGAAUAAUCCAAGAGAUCGAAAUACGCAUCCUUAAAAUAACAUACCAAGAGCUGGUGAUUGAGGAUGGUGAAGAGAUGGUCAUGAGUAUUGCUGAGCAUGAGGCUGUUGGAUCCUCAUUUAGCACUCCAGUCAAAAGCUACAGAAUUUUGGAAGGAAUGGGUGUCACUUUCCAUUGCAAGAUGGAAGGACAACCAUUACCAAAGAUUGCCUGGUAUAAAGAUGGCAAGCGCAUUAGGCAUGGAGGCCGAUAUCAGAUGGAGGCUCUACAGGAUGGUAGAGCCAGUCUGCGCCUUCCUGUGGUGCUGCCAGAAGAUGAGGGAAUCUAUACUGCAUUUUCCAGCAAUAUGAAGGGUAAUGCUGUCAGUUCCGGAAAGCUCUAUGUGGAGUCCACUUCAGCUGCACAGCCUUACUACCCUCAAGCCGAAGCAGUGAGGAGAGUCCAGUCUACAUCUCCAAUGUCUGCACGAUCAAUUAGCUACUCCCCUGGACGUUCUCCUGGACGGUCUGUUAGCCGCUCUCCUGCUCGUAGGCUUGAUGACACGGAUGAGACCCAACUGGAGAGGCUGUAUAAGCCUGUAUUUGUACAGAAGCCAUCAUCCUUCAGGUGUUUUGAAGGACAGACUGCAAGGUUUGAUCUGAAAGUAGUUGGAAGACCCAUGCCUGACACCUACUGGUUCCACAUUGGGCAACAAGUGGUCAAUGACUACACCCACAAGAUUGUGGUAAAGGAGGAUGGAACUCAGUCAAUGAUUGUGGUUCCUGCUAUGCCUCAGGAUUCUGGAGAGUGGAGCGUAGUUGCUCAGAACAGAGCAGGAAAGGCUAUUGUUUCUAUGACUCUCACAGUUGAAGCGAAGGAAAAUUUGGUCCGACCUCAGUUUAUAGAAAAGCUAAAGAACAUUAGUGUUAAGCAGGGAAGUUUAGUUGAGUUGGCAGUGAAAGCCAUUGGAAACCCCCUUCCUGAUAUUGUCUGGCUAAAAAACAGUGAUAUAAUAUCUCCUCAUAAAUACCCUCACGUCAAAAUUGAGGGUACCAAGGGAGAAGCACAUUUCAAGAUUCCACAGACCUCUGGCUCUGACAGUGCUUGGUACACAGCCACAGCCAUAAACAAAGCUGGCAGAGAUACCACCCGCUGCAGAGUCAAUGUGGAGGUAGAGUACACUGAGCCCGAACCAGAAAGAAGACUCAUCAUUCCCAAAGGGACAUAUAAGGCUAAGGAAAUUGCUGCACCAGAGAUUGAACCUCUGCAUCUUCGCUAUGGCCAGGAACAAUGGGAAGAAGGUGACCUCUAUGACAAGGAAAAGCAACAGAAGCCACACUUCAAAAAGAAGCUUACUUCAGUCAGGAUGAAGCGAUUUGGUCCUGUGCACUUUGAUUGCAGACUCACCCCUAUCGGUGACCCAACCAUGAUUGUUGAGUGGCUGCAUGAUGGCAAGCCACUAGAAGCUGCUAACAGGCUGCGCAUGAUCAAUGAGUUUGGCUAUUGCAGUCUUGAUUAUGAAGUUGCUUAUUCCAGAGAUAGUGGUGUUGUUACUUGCAGAGCCACUAACAAGUUUGGUGUUGACCAGACUUCUGCAACAUUGAUUGUGAAGGACGAGAAGAGUCUGGUAGAGGAAAGUCAGUUGCCAGAGGGAAGGAAAGUACAGAGAAUAGAUGAAAUGGAGCGAAUUGCUCAUGAGGGUGCACCUGCAGGAGUUACUGGGGACGACAUGAGUGAGAAGACCAAACCAGAGAUAGUCCUGCUCCCAGAACCCAUACGAGUAUUUGAGGCGGAAACAGCCAAAUAUCGCUGCAGAGUGACUGGUUACCCAACUCCCAAGGUCAACUGGUACCUCAAUGGACAGCUAAUUCGGAAGAGCAAAAGAUUCAGACUGCAAUAUGAUGGCAUUCACUACCUGGAAAUCACUGACUGUAAGUCCUAUGAUUCUGGAGAUGUCAGAGUAUUGGCUGAGAACCCAGAGGGUACAGCCGAGCACACUGUAAAGUUUGAAGUCCAACAAAAAGAAGACUUCAGGUCAAUCUUGCGCCGUGCUCCUGAGACAAAGGCUCCAGAGGUGCCUGCCGCUGAACCUGGCCGGGUAUCUUUUGAUGUUGUAAAGGUGGAUAAACCUUCAGACACUUUACAAACAAAAGAGGUUGUUAGACUGAGGAAGGCGGAGAGAGUUGUUCAUGAAAAAUCUACAGAAGAGACAGAAGAGCUGCGAAGCAAAUUUAAACGCAGGACUGAAGAGGGCUAUUAUGAAGCCAUAUCCUCUGUUGAGUUGAAGUCUCGUAGGAAGGACGAAUCAUAUGAAGGCAUGUUAAAGAAGAGAAAAGAAGAGCUUCAGCAUUGGACCAAAGAGGUAACUGAGGCUGAAAAGAAGAAAGAGGAGGAAGAACGCAAACUUACCAUUCCUACAAUUAGACCUGAUAAAGUAGCCCUCUCUCCUAGCAUGGAGGCUCCAAAGAUCUUGGAAAGAAUUCAGAGCCAGACAGUUUCACAGUCUGAUGAAGUUCACUUCCGUUGUAGGGUUGUUGGUAAACCGGAUCCAGAGUGCCAGUGGUUCAAAAACGGAAUUUUACUUGAGAAGUCAGACCGUGUUUAUUGGUACUGGCCUGAGGAUAAUGUCUGUGAAUUAGUGAUCAGAGAUGUCUCGGCUGAGGACUCUGCCAGUAUUAUGUUCAAAGCCAUUAACAUUGCUGGCGAGGCCUCGAGCCAUGCCUUUUUGUUGGUGCAAGGCAAGCAAGUUGUAUCUUUUAGCCAAAUCCUGGAGGAUGCCUAUGCAAAAGAGAAAGACACAAUGGUGACCUUUGAGUGUGAGACAAAUGAGCCAUUUGUCAAGGUCAAAUGGAUGAAGAACAAUGCAGAAAUUUUCUCUGGAGACAAAUACAGAAUGCACUCUGACAGAAAGGUGCACUUCCUCUCUGUGCUGACAAUCAAUAUGCAAGAUAUUGCAGAGUACACUUGUGCUGUUGUUGACGAUGACCACAUAAGAACUACUGCCAAACUUCAUGUUGAAGGUGCGCUACUGGAAAUUGUGAAAAAUCUGGAAAGCGUCGAAGUGCCUGAGACAUACUCUGGAGAAUUUGAGUGUGAACUGUCCCGUGAGGAUGCUGAAGGCACCUGGUACUUUGAGAACAAAGAAAUUACCCCAACCCUUAAAUAUGGUGUGUCCUCUCGCCGUGGCAGACACUCCCUUUCUGUAAAAGAUGUCCGGAAGGAGGACCAGGGCAAAUACACUUUCAAAGUGGGUGAUCUGAAGACAAGUGCCACACUGAAGAUGAAACUGCGCCCUGUAACUCUGAUGCAGGGACUCUCUGAUCUGACUGUUUGUGAGGGUGAUAUAGCCCAAUUGGAGGUGCGAUUCUCUCAAGAAAAUGUAGAGGGAACGUGGAUGAAAAAUGGUCAGCCUAUCUCUGCCACUGACAGAGUUCACAUUGUCAUUGACAAAUUUGUCCACAAACUUCUGGUGGAAAAUGUCAACAGGGAUGAUCCAGGAAUGUACUCUUUUGUUGUUCCGGUUCAGAACAUUUCUACAACUGGAAAACUGACUGUUCAAACAAUUGAAAUCGUAACUCCUCUAAAGGAUGUCCAUUCCAUUGAGGGUACAAAGGCGGUGCUAGAAGCUAAAAUCUCUGCCCCUGAUGUUGCUUCUGUGAAAUGGUACCAAAAUGACAAGCUUCUCGUGGCUAGUGAGAGAAUCCAAAUGGUUGCCAAAGGGUCCAAACAGAGACUGGUUUUGAACAGGAUCUUUGCUUCUGAUGAAGGACAGUACAAGAUGGUUGUUGGCAGAGUGGAAUCAACUUGUAAACUGUCUGUUGAGAAGGUCACAAUCAUCAAGCACAUGGAGGAUUGUGUGUGCACUGAAACUCAGAAUGUCACCUUUGAAGUAGAACUCUCCCACAGUGGAAUAGAUGCUUACUGGACCUUCAAGAAUCAGCCUCUGAAGGCCGGAGCAAAAUACAAAAUUGAAUCCAAAGGGAAGCGCUGUAGCCUCACCAUAAUCAAUGCCAUGAAGGAUGAAGAAGGCCAGUAUGCAUUUGCAGCGGGUGAAAAGACAUCCAGUGCAAAACUUACUGUGUCAGGUGGUGCUAUAAACAGGCCACUUUGUGAUGUGACUGUGGCAGAAUCCCAAACUGCUAUGCUGGAGUGUGAGGUUGCCAGUCCCAACUCUGAGGGAAAGUGGCUUAAAGAUGGCCACCGUGUUGACUUUAGCGACAAUGUCAGGAGUGAAGAUAUUGGUGUGGUCCGCCGACUUGUCUUUGUUAUUUCAAGACCACAAGAUAUUGGAGAGUACACUUACCAAGUGGCAAACUCCAAGACAUCUGCCAACCUAAGGGUCGAAGCUGUAAAGAUCAAGAAGACAUUGAAGAACCAAACAGUCACCGAAACACAAGAGGCAUCAUUUAGUCUUGAACUCACCCAUUUAGAUGUGAAAGGAUCCCAGUGGAUCAAGAAUGGAAUAGAAAUUCUUCCCGGUGAUAAAUAUGAGAUAAAAGUAGAAGGCAUGGUUCACACUCUAAAGAUCAAGAAUUGCAACUCUCAAGAUGAAUCAGUCUAUGGAUUCAAACUUGGAAAACUCUCUGCUAAUGCCAGACUGAAUGUUGAAACUGUUAAGAUUGUGAAAAAGCCAAAAGAUGUGACCUCCCUGCUGAAUGGAACUGCUUCUUUUGAACUGAGUUUGUCCCAUGAUGACAUACCGGUUACAUGGAUGUUCAAAAACCAAGCACUAAAACCUAGUGCCAAUAUUCAAAUAAUGUCAGAAAGGAAAGCGCAUAAGUUGGCCAUUCAGAAUGUUGAAGAAAGCAAUGCUGGAGAGUACACGGCUGUAGUUGGACAUUUGCAGUGCAGUGCAUAUUUACAUGUUGAAUCUUUGAGAGUCAUAAAACCCCUGAAGAACAUUGAGGUUCCAGAGACCCAUGUGGCCACAUUUGAGUGUGAGGUUUCACAUUUCAAUGUUCCUUCCACCUGGCUGAAAAACGGAGUUGAGAUUGAGAUGAGCGAGAAGUUCAGGAUUGUGGUGCAGGGUAAACUGCAUCAGCUGAAGAUCAUGAACACAAGUAGAACCGACUCUGCAGAAUACACAUUUGUGUGUGGAAAUGACAGAGUAUCUGCCACACUAACAGUUAGCCCUGUUCUCAUCACAUCUAUGCUGAAAGACCUGAAUGCACAAGAAAAGGACACCAUCACAUUUGAAGUGACUCUCAACUAUGAAGGAAUCACCUACAAAUGGCUGAAGAAUGGAGUGGAAAUUCGAUCCAGUGAUAGAUGCCAAACUCGCACCAAACAGUUCACUCACUCGCUCACAAUCCGGAAUGUUCACUUUGGGGAUGUUGGAGAGUACAAAUUUGUGGCUGGAUCUGCUGAAACCUCAGCAAAACUGUUUGUUGAAGCUCGUGUCAUUGAGUUCACCAAGCACAUCAAAGACAUUAAAGUUACUGAGAAGAAGAAGGCUAUUUUUGAAUGUGAAGUCUCUGAGCCCAAUGUCAUGGUAACAUGGAUGAAAGAUGGUCAGGAACUUGAAAUGUCUGAAAGGUUCAAAGUCACCACAGAAAGACAUGUGCAACGUCUGAUGAUCCAAACAGUGCGCAUGUCUGAUGCUGGUGAAUACUCUGUGGUUGCUGGCUCUUGCGUAUCUAAGGCCUACCUCACAGUUGAGGGCAAGGAUGUGCGUAUCAGCGAACCUGCAGAGAAAGAAAUCACUGUGCUUGAGAGACAACGAGCUACAUUUGAAUUUGAAGUCAACGAGGAUGACAUUGAGGGUCGCUGGCUAAGAAAUGGAGUUGAGAUCCAGUUCUCUGUAGAUCAGCGUUUCAACUAUGUGACUAUUAGAAAAAUCCAUCGCUUGACAAUCACAGAAACCUACAGAAGUGAUGCAGGAGAGUACACGUUCAUUGCUGGAAAGAACAGGAGUAUGGUGACCCUACAUGUCAACAUCCCUGAGCCUCCCCAGAUCGUCAGGCACAUGCAGCCUCUGUCUGUUGAGGCUGGCAAACCUGCACGCUUCUCUGUGGAAGUGACAGGAAUUCCUCAGCCCCAGGUGUCAUGGUAUAAGAACUCUCAGGCCCUUUCUUCUGGCUUCAAGUGUAAAUUCCUCAGGGAGGGAAAUGAGCACACCUUGCUGCUCAUUGAGGUCUUUCCAGAGGAUGCAGCUCAGUACAACUGUGAAGCAAAGAAUGACUAUGGAGUAGCCACAAGCUCUGCUGCACUUACUGUGGAAGUUCCAGAAGUUGUUUCCCCUGAUACUGGAGCACCACUAUCACCACCUGUGGUAAUAUCACCCAUACGUAACACUUCUGCCAACGAAGGAGAAUCUGCCAGAUUCCAGUGCCGUGUCUCAGGGGAAGAUCUGACGAUUACUUGGUAUUGCAAAGACAAGGAGAUCAAACAGUCUGAAAUAUUCAGAGUGUCUCAGUUUGAUGAGAACUGUCAGCUGGAGAUUGCCAGAGUUUAUCCUGAGGAUGAGGGCGAGUACACAUGUGUUGCUCGGAACUCUGCAGGAAUGGUCUCUUGCUCUGCUACAUUGAAACUGGAUGGAGAAACACAAUUUGCAGACUAUACAUCCAAGUCUCAGUCGCAAGCCACGUCCAGUCUCUUCAAAAGCAUUAAGUCUGUACAGAAGGAACCCAUUGGCCAAAGACCUACUUUUAUUCAACCAAUUGCGAGCUGUGUGGUGGUUCACGGGGAAGUGGCCAGAUUCCAUGCUUGUGUCUCUGGCAUGCCCAAACCAGAGAUCAGUUGGUUCCAUGACCAGCAGUCUAUAAAGCCUACAAAAAAUGUUGUCUUUCAUUUUGAUGAGAUGACAAACACUGCUACGCUAAUCAUAGUUGAUACUUUCUCUGAGCAUGCUGGGCAGUACAUUUGCAAAGCAGUCAAUAUCGUUGGAGAGGCAGUAUGUUCAGCCAGCCUUGCUGUAACCGAAGAAGUUACAAAAGUACAAGAGGAAAUUGAAGCAAAAAUUGAAGAAGUCAAAGAAUUUUCUAGCUUGACUGUGACGACUGAAGAAGUGGAAGAAGCCUACAGCACAUCCCUGCAAUUACCUGAAAAAUCUAAAACACUUGAACUCAAGCCAGAGCCAAAGCGGUUUUCUAGUUCAAUAGAAAGGAAAAAGGAAAAACCUGUAUUUGAAUCCAAGCUUACGCCUGCUGAAGUUACUGUCGGAGACUCAGUUAGGUUUACUGUCACAGUAUCUGGUUUCCCAAAGCCAAAAGUUCAGUGGUUCCACAAUGGAAAGGCCAUCACUUCUUCAUUGGUUUAUAAGUUUGUUGAAGAAAGAGAUGAGUACACUUUAAUAAUAACUGAAGUCAAGAAAGAGUAUGAGGGUGAGUACUCUUGUUCCGCUAGUAACAGAUUUGGCCAAACCACCUGCAAGACAAUGUUAAAGGUACAAGUGAGUGAUUUAUCAGUUGCAGAAAGAUGGGUGGAACAAAUGUUCAAAAUACCAGGACAACCACCAUGCUUCACCACACAAAUCCAACCUGUGCAAUGUGCAGAGGGCAGUGAUGUAAAAUUUCAGUAUAGAGUUACUGGUAGUCCACUCCCUGAUGUUCAGUGGUUUAAAGGUGGUUUUCAAAUUAAGUCAAGCCAGACUUGUUCUGUUGUAAGUAACCCAGAUGGUUCUGGCUUCCUUACCAUGAAUGUAAUCCAACAGAAAGAUAGUGGACUCUACACAUGCAAGGCUUUUAAUCCCUUUGGAGAGGCAAGCUGUAGUGCUGAGUUGAUUGUAUUCCACAAAAAUGUAUCUGUAUUUCAUCAACAACAAUUAGUUCAGGAGCAAAAAAGUUAUAAGGUGUCAAUGACUGAGGAAGCCACUGAAUCUCGCUUGUACAGUGUUAGCCUACCUGGCCAAGCAGGUGCGAGUCUGCAGGGAGGCCAUCAGGUGAUUUACACAAUUGGCACAGAAGAUAGACAAAUGGUAGCAAGUGAGCAGGUUGACACUUUGCAUGACUUAGAUAUUUCUGCUGCAACUAUGUACAAGGAGCAAGUAACUCAUCAAGCUGCAGUGUUGGAGUCUCAUGAAGUUCAAGAAAGAGUUAUUUAUGCUCUAACCCAGCCAGAACCAGUAGUAGCAACCCCUUUGAAACAGCUCCACAUGGCUGCUAUGACGUCAGCAGUUGAAGAAAGUCAAGGCUUCACCGAACAGCACUUUGAUCCAAUUAGAAGUCCUGAGGUUACAGUGCUUGAAGUUAUGAAAGAGCAUCCCUCACAGUUAAUGUCUGCCAUAAUGGAGAGUGUAACCCCACUAACCAUUGUUACAGCUGAGCCAUUAUCAAGCAAUCAAACAGAACAGAUGAAGGCAGCUCCUGAGCCUAAGUAUCCAAUGUCAAGUCACCAAGUUGAGACAAAACUCCCAAUUGUUAAAGAACAUUCACAGAUUAUACCACAUACACAGGAAGAAAGGGGAUACCAAGUUAAAGAGGGAGUUAAAAUUCUUUAUAGUGCAGUUUCAACUGAGAAACAACAAAUCACAGAGGGCCACUCUAAAGAACUGUCAACUCUAGAAUCUACCUUUCAGUCAUUAUUAAAGAAAGAACCAGCAAAACCAGCUGUCCUUUCAGUUAAUGAGACUACACAAAUCUUAUCAAAAGAACAGAAGGUAUCUAUGCACAGACCAGUUGAGGAGACAGCAUCUCUAGCCAAAGACCAUGUAUUAAAAUCAUCAUAUAUUGCAGAGGAAAAAAAUAAGCUCCAAGCUGAUAAGACAAAUUUGAUCCCAGGUUUAGAAAGUGCCAUUUCAGUACAGUCCCAGAGAGAGCAGGAACAAGUUCUGCAUUUGCAGGUCAUUGCAGACCAGGAUGUUCUUCCAACUGAAGGCAGAUUGAGCAGUGAGAAACCUAGCCCAGACAAAGCCAGUGAUGAAAAAAGUUAUAUUCUUCUGCAUACCGUGUCAGUUGAUGCUCAGAAAUCUGUUACAUGUGAAGAGUCAUCUCAGUUUUCAGCAAAAGAAUCAAAACUUGCCAUACAGCCUAGUAAGGAAGCCCCUGCCCCUUUGCAUCUUCAGGCAAUUCAUUUAGAAAAUACCUUGUCAAAAGAAGGGAUAAUCUCAUUAGAAGAGCCAGACCAACAGAAGGCUAUACAGAAGCAGGAGAAAGCACGCCAACAUGCUGCAAGCACAGAGGAGAAAAGAGAGCAUACGGCAGAUUUUUGUAAAGAUCUUGAUGUAUCUGUAACAGGUGUCCAGUCUGAAAUAAGAAAAGAACCUAAACCCCAAAGAAUUCUCCAAGUCUUUUCAGAACCAAUGCUGUUACCAAAAGAAACCCCAUUUGUGAGUGAUGUUAAACAGCAACGUGCCAUAGUUCAGAAGGAAGAUCACUGGAAUGUUGUGCAUGUACCAUCUGUGGUAGAGAGUAAAGAUAUAGAGGAGGGACACACAGAGAAUAUAGGAAUAAUUGAAAAAUAUGAGUCUCAAAGCAAAUUUGAACCCAAAGUCCCUUCAGAAACAAUUCAUAUUGAAGAAAAGGCAAUCUCAACAGAGAGCAGUGUUGCUCUGGAGGCCACAGAACAAGAUUUUGCUGUCCAAAUUCAGGAGGGACAGUCUGUUAGACAGUCUGUAUUAAUGGAAGAAAAGCAUGCAAUCAAAGGUGAGCAUUCUCAGGAUAUUACAAAAUCUGAAGCAACUACAGCAAUCAUCACAGAGCAGAGAAUGGGUGCUCUUUUAGUGUCAGAGUCAAGAGUGAGCCAAACUCUACCCAAAGAGCUCACUUUUGUUGUUCCAGCUCCAAAACCACACACACUGAACAUAAAGCAUCAGUUGAAAAGCAUACUCUCAACUGCUGUGGCUCUUGACCAGCCAUUAAUCUUGGCAGAUGUGCUGCAGAGCUUAGGAGCUGUGGAAAUACAUGAUGUAAAAGAAAGGAGAGAACCCAAAUAUAUCAUGUUCACAUAUCUUGUCACAAGUGCAAAUGUCCCACUUGAAAUUACAAUUGCUUUUGAAGGAGAGUAUCCUCAGACUGCUGAUCUCAGGAGUGAACUUCAAGCUGCUUUCUAUUCCAUUGUCUAUCGAGAGCAGCAGGUUUUGACCUCUGAGCAGCCAGGCACGAUGCACAUUGACAGACCGCAGAGAUUACAGGUCAGCAUAGCUUCCUCAAAAGAAAUACUUUCACCUGUGGUGGAGAUGGUAAGAUUGACAGAAAGUGUUGAGCCUUUUACAUCACAAAUUUCGCAGUCUGCAGCUUUAAAAACUGAAGACAAAACCUCUUUUCAGUCUGUGACAGCUGAAGAUCGAGCAGUUAAGUCAAAAAUUCAUAUGGUCACUGAAUCAAAAAUUGAUAUCCAACAGUCCAUCCAGUUUGAGCGACAGGAAACCAGAUCUGUGACAGUAAAAGCCCAUGAGAGAGAUGUAGGUACUUCAAGCAUGACAACUGAACUGGUCCAGGGGCCGGUUCCAACAGAAGAAUCUACUACUGUUAUCUUACAGAAAGAGGAAAGGGAGGAAUAUAUAACUGAAGCAAUAAUGAAAUUAGAGAGAGAAGAAGUUAAAGAGGGUUACCCAGUAUUUGAAAACACUUUGGAGGAUAUUGAAAUAGAGGAGCAUUCUGAGGUGAAAAUGUUAUUGACUAUAAGACAUGUAAAGAAAGUGAAUUGGCUUUUAAAUGGAAAAUCAAUUAAAUCUGGCAAAGAGUUCAAGUGUUCUAAAGACCAUGAAACUUACACACUAGUAAUCAACAACGUUAUGAAGGUUCAUCAAGGAGAGUAUACCUGUGAGGCUGUAGGGGAAGCUGGCAAGACUACAACGUCCUCCCACCUCACUGUGGUCUCAAGAGUGCCACCCAUUUUCAGGCAGAAAAUCCAAAAUCUGGAGGUCAGUGUUGGCAGCCCUGCAAAUUUCAAAUGUGAGAUUAAGGAGGCUCCUGGUGUAACCUUCAAGUGGUUCAAGUCUGAUUCUGAGAUUAGACAUAGCGACAAAUACAGGAUUGUCAGCCAUCAUCACACCUCAUCUUUGGAGUUCUUGAGUCCAUCAGUGGCUGACAGUGGUGAAUUUACCUGCAGAGCUUCAAACCAUCAUGGAAGUGACAGCUGCUCUGCUAAACUGAGUGUGACAGAGGUGUUCCCACCAGAAUUUACAUCAAAGCCAGAUAUGAUGACUUUAUUUGUGGGCAAGCAAGCAAAAUUCCAGUGUGUUAUAUCUGGUUCUGCUCCAAUGAAUGUUGAAUGGCAUAAAGAUAAUAUUGUCAUUUCACUUGAUGAUCACUACAGAGCAUCAUAUGAAAAGAACAUGUAUUUUCUUGAAAUUUUGAAUCUGCAGCAAAGUGAUCGGGGAACAUACCUUUGCAAAGCUUCAAACAGUGUUGGUACAGCAACAUGCUGCACUGAGCUGAGGGUUGUAGAUAAACCCAGUUUUGUGAAGACUUUUGAGUCAACCACUUUUGCUGUAGGAAACCCACUACGCCUUGAGUGUCAGGUAGACGAAGACACUGGUGUAGCCAUCAUCUGGAUGAGGGAUGGCAAAAAAAUCCAUAAUACAAUGGAUUGUAAAAUAACUUUUGAGGAAAAAAUGGCCAGUCUUGAGAUUCCAAAGGCCAAACUCAAAGAUACAGGAACAUAUACAUGUACUGCUGCAAAUGAUGCAGGAAGCAGCAGUUGCUCUGCUGUUGUAACAGUGCAAGAACCUCCAGUCUUUGUCAAAAGGCUGGAGCCUAAGAUCUUAUGGAAACAAGGAAUGUCAGCACGUUUGACAUGCACAGUAAAAGGAUCACCUGAACUCCACGUGACUUGGUUUUUGACAGACAAACCUCUUAGUUCCUCUGAAAAACACAAAAUCACUUUCAAAGGCGGUCAAGCCACUCUUGAGAUUUUCAACUUAUUUGAGUCUGACAGUGGACAUUACACUUGUGAAGUGAUGAAUGAGGCUGGUUACGAAAGCUGCAGCACUCAAGUAACUGUAAAAGAACCUCCUGCCUUCAAAAAGGAGUUGCAAAUGGUGGAGGUAGUCAAGGGAUGCACAGCCCAGCUUGAAUGUGAAGUUACAGGCACAGCUCCUUUUGAUGUGACCUGGUUUAAGAAUAAAACCCCAGUAUCCACUAAUAAUAAGUACAGUAUUGUCUCAAAGGAUACAGUUGCAUAUUUGGAAAUUAAAUCAUUUGAAAGUGCAGAUGUUGCAGAUUACCAAUGCUGCAUUUCAAAUGAUGUUGGUAAAGUAAUUACCAAAGCAGUGGCCAAAUUGAAAGAACCACCAUCCUUCGCAAAGAAAGUUGAGAACAUAACUGCAGUUUUAGGCAGCACUGUGAAACUUCAGGGAACUCUUAAGGGUUCUGCACCUAUGACAGUUAAAUGGUUCAAGGCUUCUGAGAUACUCAGAGAUGAUGAUCCUAACAUAACUUCAUCUUUUGAAAACAAUAUCGCUAUUCUGGCAAUAGCAAAUGUCAGCAUAAACCAUGGAGGAAUAUAUACUUGUCAAGCUGAGAACGAGGCUGGAAAACAAAAAUGCGAGGCCACUAUAUCAGUUCAAGAACCAGCUAGGUUUGUUGAGAAACCACCAUCCAUCAGUGUGACAGCAGGAGAUUCUGCAACUAUUGAGUGCACUGUUUCGGGAAGUCCAGAUCUCAAAGUAAAAUGGUUCAGAGAUGGCAAAGAGAUGAUAGGGAGUCGAAAAUACAAAAUCUCCUUCAAAGACAAUGUAGCAGUCUUGAAAAUCCUCUCGACAGAGAGAGCAGAUAGCUGUGAAUAUGCAGUUGAAGUUUCUAAUCGGGUUGGAAAAGAGCAGUCCUCUUGCUCAAUUGUCGUUCUUGAUAAAAUCGUACCCCCAACAUUCACAAAAACACUUAAAAAGGCAGAUGGUCAUGUUGGGGGCAGUAUUCAAAUGGAAUGCAAGGUGUCAGGAUCCCAACCCAUAACAAUAUCUUGGUUCAAGGAGGGCAAAGACAUUACAACUGGAACAAAAUAUCAAACAAUACUGAAUGAAGGCACUGCCUUACUGAAAAUAACUGAUUUAGAGGCAUCAGAUGCUGGGGUUUUCACAUGCAAUGCAACUAAUUCUGCAGGACACAGUGAAACAAGUGGAACUGUUUCUGUUAAAGAACCUCCAGUCUUCACCUUGACACCUCAAAGCCAAGAGGUUAUACCAGGAUCUACAGUUGUCCUAAAAGCUGCAUUCACUGGUACAACACCUUUUGUUAUAAAAUGGUUCAGAGAUGACAAAGAAAUGUUAACUGGAGGAACUUGUUUCAUCAAGAAAGAAGCCAACUCAAGUUCACUGGAGCUGCACUCUGUGAAGCCAUCUCAGUCUUCCAAAUACACAUGCCAAGUGGUUAAUGAUGCUGGAAAGGUUUCAUGCACAGCUACCUUAUUUGUAAAAGAACCUCCAAAAUUUGUGAUGAAGCUUGAUUUGACUAAACUAGUAAUGAAUGGGAGUCUUGCGACUUUGGAAUGUAAAGUGACUGGCAGCCCAGAGAUCAGUAUUAGAUGGUUUAAGAAUGAAACUGAAAUCAGCUCAAAUGAUAAAUACCAAAUGACUUUCACCGACUUAGUUGCUACACUAAAAAUUUCCAAUUGUUGUGUUGAAGACAGUGGAGAUUAUAUUUGCCAGGCAUCAAGCGAUGCUGGCAGCGAUAGAUGCAACUGCUUGGUUACAGUCAGAGAACCUCCUGCAUUCGUGAAACCCUUUGAAUCCAAAGAAAUUGUUAAAGGCACAGAUGUUGUGCUGGAGGGAACUUUGUCAGGCUCUGCUCCCUUUGAGAUAUCUUGUUUUAAACAUUCGAAGCAGAUCCGAAAUGAUAAGAGGCACAUCAUAAGCCUGACAAAUAAUUUAGUGACUCUUCAGAUUCUGAAAUUUGACCCUGGAGAUGCAGGCGCAUAUCAGUGCAUUGUAGGAAAUGAAGUAGGACAGACCUCGUGUGAUUUUCAAGUUACAAUGAAAGAGCCACCAUCAUUUGUGCAGAAGAUGGACAAUGCAAAUGUCCUUGUUGGUGGUGAGGUUUCCUUACAGUGUGUUCUGAAAGGGUCAUUGCCUAUGACAGUUUCUUGGAUGAAAGAUAACCAUGAGAUCAAAGAAUCAGAACACAUUCAGAUGACUUUUGAGAAUUGGGCUGCAGUGGUACACAUUUCAAGUGUACAGUUAAUACAUUGUGGAAAGUAUACUUGCCAAGCUCAGAAUGAAGCUGGUAGUCAGAAAUGCACCACAGAAUUGGUGGUUAAAGAGCCUGCAAAUAUUACAGAGAAAGCGAAGUCUAUCAGUGUCACAGCAGGUGAUCCUGUCACUCUAGAGUGCAGGUUCUCUGGUUCUAAAGUUCUUAAAGCAAAAUGGCUAAAGGAUGGCAAGGAGCUGGCAUCUGGCAAAAAAUACAAAGUUCAGAGCACUGAUACAAGCUCUAUAUUAAAAAUCCUCUUUACGGAGAAGAAUGAUGCUGGAGAAUAUAUCUUUGAGGUUUCAAAUGAUGCUGGAAGCAGCAUAUGUGAGGCAGUCGUGACUGUUUUAGAUCAAAUAAUCAAGCCUUCUUUCACAAGAAAAUUGAAAGCAAUGGAGAGUAUAAAAGGAUCAUUUGCGCAACUGGAGUGUCUUGUCUCUGGAUCUCUUCCUAUAACGGUCACUUGGUUCAAGGAAAAUAAGGAGAUGCAGACAGAUGAUAAAUACAAAUGCAUGUUCUUUGAGAAUGCAGCAUCUUUGGAAAUCAGUCAUCUUGAUAGCUCAGACAGUGGCAAUUAUACUUGCAUUGCAAAAAACCAAGCAGGAACUGUCCAGUGUUCAGGCACACUGAAAGUUAAAGAACCUCCUUCAAUCAUUGAGAGGCCUGAGUCACAAGAUGUUAUACCUGGGUCCAGAGUGCAGUUUAAUUUGCUUGUGUCUGGAACGCCACCACUGAUCAUUAAGUGGUUCAAAGAUAAGAAAGAAGUUUCAUCAGGGAUUGACUGUUCAGUACAGACAAGUGAUUCUUCCAGCUCACUUGAGCUCUUUUUUGCUAAGCCAUCAGACUCUGGAGACUAUGUAUGUGAAAUAAGUAAUGAUGUUGGAUCAGAUGUUUGCCAAGCGACACUCUUCGUCAAAGAACCACCCAAAUUCACCCGCAAACCUGACAAAAUGUCAGUUGUAAAACCAGGCCAAUUGGUAGUUUUCGAAUGCCAGAUUACGGGCACUCCAGAGAUAGACACGUACUGGUUCAGAGAUGGGAAUGAAAUAAGUCCAAGUGACAAGCAUAAAAUUACUUUUGUGGAUUCUCUGUCUCGACUUGAGAUAAGCAGUAGUGAUAUCAAAGACAGUGGAAUCUAUUACUGCGAAGCCCGCAAUGAGGCUGGAAGUGAAAGCUGUAGUAUGGAGCUACGAGUCAAAGAGCCACCAGUCCUUGUCAAGCCACUGAGUCCUCUUGAGGUUGUGAAUGGCUCAAAUGCAUAUUUUGAAUGUCAGGUAAAAGGCACAGCACCUUUUGAGGUCACCUGGCAAAAAGAUUCAAAUGACAUUAAAUCAAGCCUUAAGCAUGUAGUUUUGCAAAAGAAUGGCUCUGUAAUGACUCUCGAUGUACAGAAAUGUGAUGCUUUAGAUGUUGGAGAGUAUCAAUGCAUUGUUGCAAAUGAAGUCGGGAGUUGUUCAAGUCAGACUACACUCUGCAUCAAAGAGCCCCCAUCUUUUGUGGAGAGGAUUGAGAAUGUUGUCACGGUUCUUGGAAAAGUGGCUGAGUUUAAGUGCAUUGUAAGAGGUUCACCACCUCUGUCUAUACAAUGGCAAAAGAAUGAAAACUGGAUCUUGGAGGAUCCUAAAAUUGAGAGGACCUUUGAGAACAAUAUUGCCACUUUGAGAAUCCCAGAGUCCAAGUCCACCCACAGUGGAAAAUACACCUGUCAGGCUUUGAAUGAGGCAGGGCAAGAGAAGUGUUUUGCUACCCUUCUCGUGCAAGAGCCACCCCAGAUAAUUGAGAAGCCAGAGUUGAUUAAUGUCACUGUUGGAGAUCCAGUCAGUUUUGAGUGCAAAGUGACUGGCUCUCCUGAGCUUAAAGUGAAAUGGAGUAAACAUGACAAGGAAGUGAUGCCAUCAAGACAGCAUAGCCUAAGCUUUGUCAAUAAUGUUAGCCAACUUAAGAUUCAGUCUGUCCAAUUGGAGGACAAAGGAACUUAUGAGUUUGAGGUUUCCAACCACAUCAGUGCCUGCAAGUGCAAAGUGACUUUGAAUGUCCUAGAGCAAAUAAUUCCCCCAUCCUUUAUCAAACCUCUGGUGGAGAUGGAGGAAAUUUUGGGCACAAAUGUUCAAAUUGGAUGCAAAAUAUCAGGGUCACACCCUAUAACUGUGGAAUGGAUGAAAGAUGGAACAAAACUGUCAGGAAGAACCAAGCAUAAACUGCUUCAGGAUGACAAUAGUGUGUCUAUGGAAAUCAAGUCUUUAGAGAAAGCUGACACUGGAACUUACACUUGUAACCUUACAAACAAAGCAGGCAGUUGUGAAUGUAGUGCUACACUGAGGGUGAAAGAGCCACCAAACUUUGUGCUGGUUCCAGAAUCGCAGGCGGUCAUACCAAAUACCACUGUUCGCUUUAAGAGUACCUUUAAGGGAACACCUCCCUUCAAUGUGAAAUGGUUCAAAGAUGACACUGAGCUGAUCUGUGGACCUUCCUGUUUUACUGGCCUGGAAGGUCUUUCGUGCUUUCUAGAUCUUUUUGCUGUCGGAAUUGCGCACAGUGGAACUUACUCUUGUCAAAUCGUCAAUGAUGCUGGUACAGCUAAAUGCACCACAACCUUAUUGGUGAAAGAACCCCCAGAGUUUGUACAGAAGCUGCCAGCUACAAAAGUCAUAAAGUUGGGAGAGCCACUUCAGCUUGAAUGCAAAGUUACUGGCACAGCUCAUCUGAAAAUUAGCUGGUACAAAAAUGAUGCCAUACUCAGUGAUGGUGACAACUUGAGAAUGACUUUUGAUAACUCACUGGCAGUCCUUGAAAUUUUCAAUUCAAGCUUUGAGGAUAAUGGUGUCUAUACCUGUGAAGCCCAGAAUGACGCAGGAACUAAGAAUUGCAGCACAACACUCGCAGUCAAAGAGCCACCGAAUUUCCACAAAAUACCAACACCAGUUGAGGGACUGAAGGGCAAAGAUGUCAGUCUUAACUGUGAGCUGAAAGGCUCGGCACCUUUUGAGAUAACUUGGUUUAAAGAUAAAAAACAGUUGAAGGAAAGUAGGAAGUAUAAAUUUGUGUCUGAGGGAUGCUCUGCAACCAUCCACAUCCUUGGACUGGAGGCAUCAGAUGCAGGGGAAUAUGAGUGCAAAGCAUCCAGUAAUGUAGGAAGUGAUUCCUGCCAGGGCACAGUAAAGCUCAGAGAACCACCAGCCUUUGUGAAGAAAUUGUCCAAUACAACAGCCAUCUCUGGUGAGGAAGUUAUUGUGAUGGCUACAGUCAAAGGCUCUCAGCCUAUGACAGUGUCUUGGGUUCAGGAUAAAGACCACAUUCUCAGAGAUGGUGACAACAGGAAAAUCACAUUUGAGAAUAAUCAAGUAACCCUGAAGAUCUUUAAAGCCGACUCUACCACUGCUGGAAAAUAUACCUGUCAGAUCAAAAAUGAUGCUGGUGUUGCAGAAUGCACAGCUAACUUAACUGUCCUAGAACCUGCAGAAAUUGUGGAUAAGACGGAGUCAAUCAGCAUCACAGCUGGUGAAACCGCUGCCUUAGAGUGCACUGUAUCUGGAACUCCAGAACUUAAACCAAAAUGGUACAAGGAUGGUGUGGAGCUGUCUUCCGGCAGAAAAUACAAAAUCAGUCUCUCAAAAAUGCUCUCCAGUCUUAAGAUCUUGUCAACAGAAAGAAGCGAUACUGGAGAAUACACAUUUGAGAUAAAAAAUGAAGUUGGCAGCGAUAGCUGCAAAAUGCACCUCACUGUUAUGGACAAAAUCGUCCCUCCUUCGUUUUCACGAAAACUGAAGGACUUGCAGAGUAUUGUUGGAAAAGCAAUUGAAAUGGAAUGUAAAGCCUCAGGGUCUGCACCUCUCAAUAUCUCUUGGUACCACAAUGAUGAGGAGAUUAAAAGUGGGCCAAACUAUGAGAUUACAUUUGCUGAGAAUACCUGCAUGCUAAAAGUACCAACUUUGAAACUUUUUGACUCAGGCACAUACAAAUGUAAAGCAGUAAACAAUGCAGGGGCUGCCGAGACAUCUGCUUCCCUAGUUGUUAAAGAACCUCCGUCUUUUGUGACCACACCUCAGCCAGUGGAAGCACUACCAGGCACAAAUGUUACCUUUACGGCAACUGUUAAAGGAAGCACCCCAAUGAAACUGAAAUGGUUCAGGGGCAGUAAGGAAAUAGUGUCUGGCAGAAGCUGCGAGAUUGCUUUAAAAGGAGAUACUGCAAUUCUGGAACUCUACAACAUUGACAAAUCUCAUGCUGGCGAGUACACAUGUCAGAUCAUUAAUGAUGCAGGAAAGGAAAAUUGCCAUGUGAACUUGUUUGUGAAAGAGGCUGCACACUUUGUCAAGAAACUAAAGAACCUCUCUGUUGAAAUGGGAAAAUCACUGAUACUUGAAUGCACAUACGCAGGAAGCCCAAAGAUUCUUGUGAAAUGGCAUAAAGAUGGCCAGGAGAUUUACUCCUCUUAUAAGUACAACAUUACUACCACUGAGAACUCCUGCAUUAUAGAGUGUCUAAACAGUGAUAAAGAAGCUGCUGGAAAAUACACUUGUGAGGUUUCAAAUGAUGCUGGACAUGACAUUUGUGAUGCAGCAGUGUCCAUUUUAGAACCGCCUUUCUUUAUUGAGAGUUUGGAGCCAAUGGAGGUAACAUCAGGCGAUGCAGUCUGUCUCAAAUGCCAGAUUGGUGGCACUCCUGAAAUUAAAGUUUCAUGGUUUAAGGCGGACGGCAAAGUGCGAUCUUCUCCGACCUGCAAGAUGGAGUUUGUCAAAGGCACUGCCUGCCUGAAAUUAGCCAAAGUUACAAAAGCAGAUAUUGGUCAAUACACAUGUAAGGCAGAAAACAGUAUAGGAUCUGCCUCUUCUAGCUGCCUCUUAACUGUACAAGAUGUAAAAACGCCACCAUCUUUCCCUAAAAAGAUUACUAGCAUUACUCAAAUUGAAGGACAGCCUGUCCAGUUUGAGUGUCGUGUGGCAGGAUCCUCUCCUAUGGAGGUGUCUUGGCUCAAAGAUGGUGAAACUCUAAAGAGUGAUUCAGAAUACACAAUGUCUUACGAUGAUAACUCUGCUGUCCUUAAGAUAGCCAAAAGUGAAAUGAGACAUUCUGGAGAAUACAAUUGUGUUGCAACUAAUAGUGUUGGAACGGCUUCUUGUAGAGCCAAGCUCACACUUCAAGAGCCAAGAUAUCCACCUGUGUUUGAAAGAAAACUUAUGCCUGUGGAAGUAACUGCGGAUGAUGCUGUGGAACUGGAAUGCUACAUGACAGGAUCAUUGCCAAUAAAAGUCACUUGGUCCAAGGAUCACAAAGACAUCCGCACAGGGGGAAAUUAUAAGAUAUCAUGUGUUGAAAACACCCCACAUUUGACAAUUUUGAAGGCUGAUAAGGCAGACUCUGGUCGUUACUCUUGCCAUGCUAGUAAUGAUAUUGGGAAGGACUCUUGUUCCACAGAAGUUUCGGUGAAAGAACGCAAAAUUCAGCCCACUUUCACCAAGAAGCCUCCAGCAACUAUUGAAGACACUGAGGGAAAAAUUGUGAAGAUUGAGUGUCGUGUGUCUGGAUCACAGCCGCUGACUGUCAACUGGUAUAAAGAUGGCAGAGAAAUCUUCACCUCUGACAGUUAUGAUUUAACCUUCAAGAGCGGUGUGGCUGUGCUGUGCAUCAAAAAAUCUCAACUGUCAGAUAGUGGUGCAUAUUCAUGCAAAGUCUCAAAUGAGGUUGGAACCACCUCUUGUGAAGUGUCAGUUCACAUCACAGAGCAACAAGUACCACCAAGUUUUGACUUGCCUCUUAAACCAGUGACUGUGGCUGAGGGUGAGACACUCACCCUCAGCUGCCAUGUACGUGGAUCUCCUCCAUUUAAGAUUCAGUGGAUGAAGGACAGGCGAGAGCUUUCUUCAUCUGGAAGCACUAAGAUCACAUUUGUUGAUGGCACUGCCACAUUGGAGAUGGUCCAUGUAUCUAAGACAGAUGCAGGGGAUUAUCUCUGCAAGGCAACCAAUGAAACUGGUAGUGAGUUUUGCAAGUCUAAAGUCACUAUCAAAGAGAAAAUAGGAGCUCCUGCACCAGCACAGCCAGUACCAUCACCACCACAGCCAACUAAAAAACUGGACAACUUGUUCUUCAUUGAAGAGCCCAAGAGCGUUCAUAUCAUUGCGAAGGGCACAGCUACCUUUAUUGCAAAAGUCGGUGGCGAUCCCAUUCCCAAUGUAAAAUGGAUGAAGGGCAAAUGGAGGCAGAUGACUCAUGGUGGUCGCAUCAGCAUUGAACAAAAGGGCCAAGAGGCAAAACUAGAAAUCAAAGAGGUGACCAAAUCUGACUCUGGUCAGUACAGAUGUGUUGCUUCCAACAAACAUGGAGAAAUUGAGUGCAGUACAGACUUAAAUGUUGAGGAGAAGAAAGAGACUUCUUUGGAAGUAGUCAAACUGAAAAAGACACCAUCAAAGCAGAAAAGCCCUAAAGAGGACAAGGAUAUUGAUAUUGUUGAGUUGCUUAGAAAUGUUGAUCCUAAAGAGUAUGAGAAAUACGCUCGCAUGUAUGGAAUCACAGAUUACCGGGGUCUUCUUCAGGCCAUUGAGUUUCUAAAGAGAGAAAAAGAGCAAGAAAGUGGAAGACCGGAAGUGGAACAUGGUGGAAGAGAAUCUGAGGAGGAUUUGGCUAAACUUGUGGCUGAUUUGCAAAAGAGAAUGGAACAAACCGAGCCUGUCACUCUGGUGCGAGACAUCAAAGACCAGACAACUACUGUUCUGAAGGAUGCUGUGUUUGAAUGUGAGAUCAAGAUUAACUACCCUGAAAUCUCACUGACCUGGUACAAGGGAACCCAAAAACUUGACAGUGGUGACAAGCAUGAAAUCAAAGUUGUUGGUGAUCGUCACAUUUUGAAGAUCAAGGAUUGCCAGACCAGAGAUCAGGGCAAUUACCGUAUUGUGUGCGGCCCGCAUAUUUCCAGUGCCAAACUGACAGUGCUGG